UGGUUUUUGCCCAAUGGGCCUCAUAGGUGAGAGGUCCAGGAGCUGGGUUGUGGCCCCCCUUAUUGCCCACAGUUUGAGGCAAGGUGACCCAUUACACACACCUGCAAUUUUAGACCUGCAGGCUGUAAUAGGCAGCAGAGUGGAACCCUAACCUGGCUUUCUCCACCCUCACCUUCAAGCCCUGACACAAAACACAAAGUCUCCACACACACCACCCGACUAUUGAAGCCUAACCAGCAGGCAAGGCACUUCAGUAUCAAGCCCAGCCGUUUUCACACAGGCCAAGUUUGCAGUGUUGACUUCAAAGGGUUGCUGUGGCUGCGGCAAUGGUAGAAGGGAAGCCAUAUCGCUAUGGACUGAUAGUGGCAGGGCUGUGUGUGUCAGCGUUUGGCUUGUUCAUCAUGACUGAGGAGCGACCCCAUGUCUACGCCACUGUGUGUGUCCUGGGUGUCACCAUGGUGGCUAUCGGGACUGUAUGGAGCCUCUGCCAGUGCUACCCCAAGGUCAUGUUGGCUCCUCAGAUUCAGGAAGAGAAGAGGCUGCAGGAUAGCGUGUAUACUUCAGCUGAAACAAAACAUCAGAGAAUUAUUCCUGGCUUCAGUUGGCAAAAAUCCAACAGUCCCCUCACUGAACCCCUGACCAGUCACUGUCACAGCUGUCCCACUCUGCACCUGGUCUGAUCUGCUGAGGGGGCACAGAGGAGCGUCCAGACACAGGUGCACCAUGGGAAGCACCUCAUCAGUCCCAUCACAAGACUCCCGAGUAUCUUUCUGCUUAGGACACUAGGACAGAGUGGUUUCAUAUCUUUUAAAGAGUCUUUCCCAUAAUGUCAGCUCCACUCAGUCAUGAUGCUGUUUGAUAGUGGAUUUUUACAGCUAAUGGAAACCUGU